GGAAUAGGGGAAGCGGAAGAAGUACGAUGGUUAAGCAGCUUCGAAUUCAUUAUGGAGACAGUUUUCCAACAUCUGUUCGCAAAUUCCUCAUUCCAUUUGUAAUGGCAAAUCUUGCCGACACAGUCGUGCGAGUGAUUAAAAUGAUGCAAGAAUCCUAUGCAGAAAUCAGCGAUCCCUACAUAAACGAAUUAGCAGUACAGUUAGUUCGAAACCAACCACCUGAGGGUUAUACGGUGGCAGUAUCUUUCGCUUAUUAUAGCAAGUCCCUUUCGAUGGAUUCACAUCCACGGAAUUCCUUUAUAGAUCUCACAGGUCUCCAGUCCAUUAGUGAAGAGGAAAGUGUUCCCCUCAACCACUCUAGAGUAUCAGCACUUUCUAAUACUUCUGUACAGACCAGUCAACAAGGUGGUACUUCCCCUACCCACACCCCUGGAACCCCACUCCAUAUCAAAUUGUCGAAGAGCUUAGGAGUAAAUGAAAUUCAAUCCCUUUUGGGCUCUCUACAUCCAGAAGUCAACUGGGAGGAAGUAAUACGGACGGAGGUUUUUAAUAAAGCCCCUGAAGGAGUUGAUGAAUUAGAGGCAUUAACAAAAUGGUUGGAGGUUGCUUUCAAGGCUGGAAAGCUUCAUCCAGCGAAGGUGAUGGCAGCCCUGCAGGAAAGGGUAUGCAAUCCUUAUAUCCGAAAACUUCCUGCCGAAAUUGCUGCUCAACUUCCUCCUCCGAAUGAGGCCCCACCCACUCCACCUUCAACUUCUGCACCUAAUCUAGACAGUAAUAUUCUCACAGAUACUGAUGACUGGUCAUCAGACACAUCCUUCCAAUCUGAGGACUAUUCUUUAUGCGACGAAGAGAUUAGUAUUCACUCUAACGUCCCCUCCGAAGAAAAGCAUGAUCUUGAGGAGAAGGAGGCGAAAAUUCAGCCCUCAUUCACUGUCUCUCGGGAGGAUGAUAAGAUGAGUUUGGUGACGCAUUCUCAAUUAUUUAACUUUGCCUCAAUCAAUGGGCGGAUGCUUAAACUUAUAAUUGAUCAACCGGAGUUUCAAGUCUUUCUUAAUAGGGAGGAGGCGAAAUGUCAACUGGAAAUGUCAACUUAUCAGUUGUAUUUCAUAAAUAACGUGGACCGCUUUAUUCAAAGUGACUAUGCGCCAACACUCAGAGAUAUCCUCCUUGUCCAAAUGCCGUGUAAUGCUGUUCGGGAAUCUUUGCUUCAAAUCGGAUCGACGUCUUUAAGGCUUAUAAACGUUGGAGAUCAGCAGGGAGACCGUCGUAAAUGGGUUUAUUUAUUCGAGACAAUCCAUGCCGUCCUCUUUUUUGCAUCUCUCGUCGACUUUGCGGAGAAAAGUCAAUUUCCCGAGUUUGAGACAAAACUAGACGAGAGUUUGGAGUACUUUUGGUUCGUCCUGGAAUCUUUACCACUUUCGCGUAAGGAUUCAAUCCUCUUCCUCACCAAAAAGGAUAUUUUAUCGAACUUACAUACCCGCGAUAUGUGGUCGGUGCCUUCAAACUACCCGGAACUACAAGGUUUGUUUUAA